CUUCGCCAGACAGUGUAGGAUGGAGCACUGCUCGCUGCGCCAAACCGUCUAUGGAAAGAAUCGUUUGAAGGGAUGACAGGCUUGAAUAAUAGACCUGCGGUGGUCAUUCUGGUGGACAGUUAAUCCUUGGGAAGGGCGAUACCCUCUUAAAUCUGUCAUAUCUCCUCCCAUGGAAGAGAGAUUGGCCCCCUAGAAAAUAGUCACAUCGUUUGUCGUGAAAGCCCUGUGGUCCCAGUUUCAUCACCUUUAACUUCCGCGAAUCAACCCAUUUGAGCUAAUCUUGAACGUUCUAUGCGACCGAAAAAACGAAAGCUGUGGAUGUGUUGGUUGGUCGGUCUGCUUGAGCCGAAGUAUGAUUUUUAAACUGAGAACACUGCAUGGGUUCACAUUAGCAGUGGAAAUUGUCAUGUGGGAAGUAGUUUUCGACUUUUCCUUACAUUUACACGAAGUACACGUUAGUGGACGAGUCAAUAGAGCGGAGUGGGGAGAUCGUUUUGCCAAAGCUAAUUGGUGUAACCCGAACUAGCACCAGUAUAUUUCCGAAAGAUAUUUUCUGGGAGCUCUCGCGUCCGUAGAAUUAUCUUUUCCAGGGAUAUCCUUCGACAAAUUCCUCACUCUCCAACAAAAAUUUCGCGAUCGAAACCGAAUCCUUGUGCUUUCACAGUGUGUUGUUUCUGGGUCUCUGUUACGCUCUGUCCCCCAAACAGUUUCUCUCGGCCUGGUGCAACCGCAGAUUGUUGCGCCAAAGAGAAUUUCCAACGAAGACAGAUGGCUAUGGCGGCGCCCUCAGGAAUGCUGAGCUCCAAGGCGCACUUGCGAGAGUACUUCUACGUCUCUUCUUCUAGCAUAAGUCGGUCUUCAGGUGCUGGAAAGAGCCUCCAAGUGUCCUUUGCGAAACCGUUAUGCACGUCUACUCAAUGGGCGAAUCUGAGAAAAAGGGGUUCAGUCCAUCCACGCCAAUGUGUUGCUCCGCAGAUGCAAUCUACAGACGCGGGAGCAAAGACAGAGGAAAAUGUAGAGGAGAAAACUGAAGAGUACAGUGCAACCAUGCAGCAAGCCAUGGGCACAUCACUGGAGUACAGGCAUGAGCUUGGGAUGAAUUACGCCCAUGUAUUGCCAGACCUCAUUGUGGGCUCGUGUCUUCAGACUCCUGCAGACGCAGACAAGCUGCAGAAUGCAGAUGUUGGAGUCGUAUUCUGUCUGCAACAGGAUCCCGAUCUUGCAUACUUUGGAGUAGAUCUUUCAGCCAUCCAACGUCGUGUGAAUGAACUUGAUGGGAUCACGCACUAUCGAUGCGAGAUAAGAGACUUCGACCCGUACGAUUUGCGGAUGCGGUUACCAGUAGCCGUGGCCAAACUGCACCAGGCAAUUGAAGCGAAUAAGGGGAAGACCGCUUACGUGCAUUGCACUGCUGGGCUUGGGCGGGCCCCUGGUGUUGCGCUUGCUUACAUGUAUUGGCUACGUGGAUUAUCACUCAAAGAAGCAAAUGUCCUUCUACAGAAAGUGAGGCGUUGCCAUCCAAAGCUCGACUCAAUUAGAGCUGCUACUGCGGAUCUGUUGACGGAUGGAGAAAAACAAGUUGUUGAGCUUCGCUGGUGGAGUGGACCUAAACACGUGGAGAUCGCAGGUCUCGAUAAACUUCCAUUGGAAUAUCGGCAAAAUGAAAACCAAUGGGUGCUAAGGCGGGAGGUGCCGGUUGGAAGAUACGAGUACAAGUAUGUCGUAGACGGCGUUUGGAUGACGAACUCUGAAUCUCCCAUGUCUCACCCGAACAGAGAAGGCCAAGUGAACAACGUUCUCGAGGUAACGGACAGUGGACAGAAUGUGACGACCAGAACAUUGCGGGAGCGAUUGAUGCAGGAAGAUGCUGAUCUUACUGCCGAAGAACGCAUCAAAAUUCGUGCAAAGCUGGAAGAGAUUGCAAUUACCGGAAAAUGGUGAGCGAGCCCACAAGUCUUAUGUUGUAGUUCAUAAUUACAUGGCAAGUCCAUAACAUAGGAACUGUAAAAUUUUAUAACUGUUUUGGAAAACAUCAUAUUAUUUCGGGACAGUCCCAUCAGUGCCCACUAGUGUUUUUCGAGGUGGGAUUGUUCCUAAUUUAGGAGAACGAAACUUUAAAAAUAAUCAUAAAUAUUAAUUAAAAAAUUAACUCAAAACAGGUUAAGGGAAAAGUAUUCAUCUAUAAGAUUACAAAUAAAGCUCUACUUUCCGGCCCUAGAGACUUCAUAUCUACAGUAGAAUCUCAAACUAAUAAAAAAAAUAUCACUGAA